AUGACUCUGUCACGAACAAACAUCCUGUUUCUGUGUGCCACGAUGCUGAAGAGACUGCUAAUGCUUCUCUGUCUGACAGGACAUGUGUUUGCCAGAGAAACCCCCGAUGUGGACUGUUUGGUGGUGCAUCUGAAAUACGUUCACUGUUCUUGGAAUAAGCAGGGGACUCCAGAGGUCAAUUACACCUUUUACGGCUGGUUCCACGGUGCCAACGUCAGUGAGUGCCCCUCCUAUCUGUCAGAGAACAACAUAAACACUGGAUGUAACCAGCCCUAUGGCUCACUACUUAAUAGGUUCAACGACUUUUACACCAGACUGGUACAUGAAAACCAGAUUUCCGAGGUGAAGACACAUGAGCUUAAAGAAAAAGUCAAGUUUAAUCCACCAACCAACCUGACUGUCCGUUAUGGAUCUGACUCUAACCUGUGGCUCAACUGGACCCAGAUUCGUUCUAAUUGUGUGGAAAGUGAAGUUCGCUACAGGAACACCUGUGUUGCUUGUUAUUUGUUACAUUUCCCUUUUGCAGUCCAGAAUCUAUCUUACUGUCCACAGUCCUCUCGAGUCAGUAUUGGGAAGCAGGAUUACUGCCUCAACUUGCCCUCCCGCAGUUCCCUGUAUGAGCUGCAGGUGCGGAGCAGAAUGGCGUACACCUUUGGACUUUCCAAAUUCUGGAGUGACUGGACUGAGCCUGUGGUCUGGGGAUCCAACAACAGCACGGAUUGGUUUAAAUUCCCUAAAGGCCUGAAAGAGGGUUUAAACUACAAUGAGCGCCCCUGCCCUGUGCGUGAGUACUGCCAUGUCCGCCAGUCUGACAGCGAGAGCUCUGACUGCUCAACCUGCUCUGUCACCACCGACCAAACCGACUGCUCCGUCUUCAUCCCUGUGAACGAAUCGGACCUGUCUACUCCCUGCUCCUCUUCCAUCUCACAGUUUUAG